UCUGACCAUUUAUGAGGUCCGUGAAGGCACCUGACGUCACGCAAAUGGCGGACGUUGUAAACAGAGCCAACAGUUCGUCGCAGGCCGCAGACAAACGGUUCUUUUUAAGAUGAACAGCGUGGAAUAUGAGCGGCUGGACAGUCUGGAGGGCUGGGUCGCGGUCAAGAGCAACAUAUUCGAAGAGAACGAGACGUUUAAGCUGGGUUUCAUCGUCCAGUGGAAUGUCAUCGAGUGUAAGUUCGCCGUCACCUGCCACAACCGGACGUUACAACGGCAGAAACGCAAAGCAGAAAUCCCUGUCGGCGGCGACCCUCAGAUGAGCUGGGCUGGACUCUUCUCCGUCAGCGACCUCAGACACAUCCACCAGCAUUUCACAUGCGUGGCAGACGUCCUGGGAGCCUGCUUCCCGGAUUUAUCAGAGUUUGAGGAGGGUAACAUUUGGGAUUUGCUCUUCCUGAAUCGGAGAACCAGCGGCGGCGGCGAAGAUGACGACGAGAGAGAUUUUGACACUCCGUGUAGAAAACUGGAGAAAUAUUUCAGCACAGCCAUCGACAUCUGCGGGAGAAAGAUUGUUCUGGACACCUUGUUCACCCAGGAUGAGAGGGAUGUGGAGGAGUACUUUGAAAAUCUGCAGGAGUUCAAAAGGAAGACCAUGCAGGAGGAGAUGUCAAGGGCCAAAGGUCACCUGAGACAGCUGCUACAGAGUCACAGCACUGCUGACCGAAUGGUUGCGCUGCACAGCAUUUACGAAGAAGAAGACGAGGCCUACCAGGACCUGGUCACUGUUGCCACCACUUUCUUCCAGUACCUGCUGCAGCCAUUCAGAGACAUGAGAGAGCUGGCCUGCCUUUACAAACUAGAGAUCCUGAAGUCUUUGGAGUUUGAAGACUUGGGUCCUCGGAGGAUUGCAGCUCUGGAGAAGGAGGCGGAGGAGUGGAGAAUGAAAGCAGAAGACGCAGUCGCCUCAAUUCAGGACAUCACUGUCACCUACUUUACACAGACUUCAAAGGCUCUGGCUGGUAUGUUAAAACAGAUGGAGGAGGAUAAGUGUCGGUUUGGACCUGCUGCCUGGGCAUCUGCGGCUCCCAGACUGGAAAAGCUGCGUUUCCUGUUGGCCAAAGAAACCCUGCAGCACAUGAGAGCUGCGGAGAUGUGCCUGAGCCGCAAGAAAGACGGCAUCAGAGAAAGGCUCGGGAGCCUGUCGGGUAACAACCAGAGCCAGAGAAGUGAUUCCAGGUCUGCGUUUGAGGACAGCCAGAAGCAGCCGGACACAGUGGACCAGCUGGAACUGCAGUUCUAUGAAAUCCAGCUAGAACUAUAUGACGCCAAGUUUGAGAUCCUGAAGAACGAGGAGCAGCUGCUGGUGGCUCAGAUAGACACCUUACGACGGCAGAUUAAAGAACUGAAGGAGGAGGUGGUGUACUAUGAUGUGUGCGAGGAUCCAGAGGAGCUGCAGAGCAUGGUCCACACAGGUAUUCAGCAAGCAAACUCUCCAGCCGUCACUCAGCUCAAGAGACGCCUACAGACCCUGGAGACCAAGCGAGGCAACAUCUGUGCCCGGCGAGCAUAUCUACGCAACAAAAAGGAUCAGUGCAUGGAGGCCCAUGAGCAGAAGCAGCUGGCAGCCAAGCAGAGCUCCGUAGUCUUCAGUCAGCAUCAUCAGGUCCACCUGAAACGAGAGAAGAGGAAAGAGGAGGAGCAGAGGAGGAAGGAGUGGGUGGACCAGGAGCGAGAGAAGACUCUGAGCAGAUUACGAUCCUUCAGAGAGAAGCGACAGGGCCAGUACAUCCUGAAGACCCCUCAGUCCAGAGUGUCGUCUUCAGAAGUGUCUUGUCCCUCCCAGCCGUUGUCCAUCAUCAGCCUCAGCCCGUCUCCUGCCCCCGUAGGACCUUCCUCCACUCGUCCUGCACCCAGAAGCAAGAAAACACCCAAAAAGCAGCAGCCUAAAGACAUCCCUGUCCAAAUCUAUUCUGCGCCGCCACCUCCAGCAACCGCCUGCACUGCUGCUGCUGCUCCUCCUCCUCCUCCUCCACCACCACCACCUCCUCCACCUCCCCCACCGCUGCCUCCCGCCAUACCUCCUCCUCCUCCUCUUGUCCAAGCUUCCUCUGAGGACACGCCGAUGCCUCUCAGUGAAAAAGAAGUCCCUCCUUUUCCUGCCAAGAACAUGCUGACACAAAAUAUAGGAACAAUGGAUGAAGUGUUGGCGUCAUUGCAGCGUGGACAGAUUAAGCUUCGAAAGGUUCCCGCCGCCAAAACUGCAAGCCCUGCUGAGGAUCCAAGGAGCAGCCUGAUGUCGGCCAUCCGACAGGGAGUCACUCUGAAGAAGGUGGUUCCUGCUCGAGCUGAAGUCCAGAGCAACGACAACGAGCUGGAGCGAAGCAUCAAAGCUGCCAUGAUGAGGAUGAAGAAGGUGUCAGCUGACUCAGACGACGAGGACAGAGGUGAUGAGGAGAAUCACAGCGUAGACUGGGACAGCUGAGAGCAAACACGUCCAUCGAGCUGUUCUCUUAUUACCCCCCCCAUUCUGUUUCCGUCACGGUUGUGAUCUACAGCUUACGCCGCUGCCAAAUUUUCACCGAAAAGCCGCUUCUUUGACGGGAUUACGCCUCUCCUGACUUAAACAGUGCAGUUUGCUGAAGUUGUCGCGUGGUAAUCCUAUUGGUGUUUUCAGAGUAGCCCUGAGAUGCUGUAAUGCAUCCAGAACCGCUCCAGGCCAACUACCCAGUGAGUGGAGGAAUCAGGAUUCAGGCUCCUCUGAAGCACUUUUUGGUUUGCAGAAAUCCCAAAACGGAGUGAAUGAGGCGCUGUGUUUUAAAAGGCAAAGCCAAGCAGUAGUACUGUAGUACAGUGUGUCAAUGAUUGAAAUCCUCCCAACUCUGUGUCUGGAGGCCUUUUGUGAGACCGUCACACAGCAGGGGAAGCCGAUGCUGCGAGCUGAAGCGACUACACUACAGAUUCUCAUUUUGCUCACAUUGCUGAGUCUCAGCUCAUUCUGAAUGUAACUCCAGCUGAACACUUGUUUAAUUUAGCCCAACAAGAGCUACAGCAAACUCACUUUUGGAUUUUCCAUGCAUUUUAUUACUUAACAAAGGAGGAUUUGUGCUGUGAAGAGCAGAAGUGUUAAUUAUUUACAGUCUUGUCUGUAUUAGAGGCUGUUUGAUGCUUCGCCAUGUGUCUGUUUUGUCCUUUUGUGUGCGUGAAUGUGUUGCGCUUAAUUUGGGUGCAAUUUCUAAAAUGAUCCGUUAUUCCUUCCUGUAUGAUGCCAUAACAAAAGACGUGACAAAUUACGUAUGUCAGAUUAAUUUUUUAGUCAAUAAAUGCUUCCAUUUAGUUAUGGAAUUACUCCAUGA